ACAUACAUGAAUUAUCAAACAUACAAAACAAACAAACACACCCGACUUCUUCUCCCUCACAAACAACCAACGGCGGAGUAACCGCCGUGAAAUAAUGCGUCACCCCCAACCCUACACCACAUAACCUUCCGUUACCUCCGUCAAAUCCCUUUAUACCAACCCUAAAGUCCCCCAAAAUAACCGUCGUCAAACCACCACAAUCUCCGGCCACCGCAUCCCAUUCACCGCCAUUCUCAGCCGCUUCAAUUCACAUUCCGAUGACCAAACCGCAACUCCUUCCUCGCCGUUCGCCGGACGAUCGCCGGCAACUGCUGCAACCGCAUUCGCCGCGUCGAAUCAAACGCCUCGGAGAGGUCGUCGGAACAACCACGGCGGAGAUCGCAGCUGUGUGCUGCUGUGUUCCCUGUGCGGUGGUUGAUUUCAUGGUGUUGACGAUGUAUAAGGUUCCGGCGGGACUGUGCCGGAACGCGAUGCGGAAGAGGCGACGGCGGAGGUUGAUGAUGCGCGGCGGUGGUCGGAGAAACUUUUCCGGCGAGGAUGACGUGGCGGUGACGGCUGAGCGGUUUGUUACGACGGAAGUGGAUGAAGAUGUCGUGGCGUUUGAGAAUGAGAUGUGGGAGAUGUUUUCGGAAACCGGGUUUUGGAGAAGCCCUUCGAUGAUUGGGAAAAACGUCGUCGUAUCGACCAAACCCGAACCCGCCACGUCACCUUUACGUGUCCCCCCUACGCCCCUCAAAGCGUGACUAUUGUCACGCCCAAUCCCUACGCGCCAAAUCUUGUAAAAGUGGUGUCACGACGUGUUGACUUGGAUUAAUCAUGCGCUUACGCGUGAAUCCAUAAUACAUAGUCUAAUGUUUUGGUUUGUUUGGAUUAAAUGUAUAAACGAAUAUUUUAAUAUUGUUGAUUGUUUGGCUCGAAAACUAUAAGAUGGAUGAAAUCCGUGUGGUGUGUAGAAAAUGAAAAAGUUUUUAUGCACUACUCGUCGUGUGGUGUGUAGAUAAUGGAUAAGUUGUUAAUGCACUAUUCGAAGAUGAUAUCAUGUUUGAGAUUAAACUAAUUGAGAAAUCGAUGGUUUGGUUU